AUGUCGAUCAUAUAUGUACUAGUGAUCAUCAUUAUUUGUGGUGGUAAUGAUAUUUUUUUUCAAUUUGUUCAAACAUCUGAAGGUGAAAAUCGUCUUGUACAUUACCUAUUUUCUGAACAAGGUUAUAAUCCACUUGUACGACCAACUCAACACUCAAAUGAAACAGUUGUCGUAUCAUUUGGUCUUUUAUUAGUACAAUUAAUUCAUGUUUAUGAAAAAGAACAGAUUAUGAAAACGAAUACAUGGUUACAUAUGAAAUGGUAUGAUUCACAAUUACGAUGGAAUCCCGAACGAUAUGGUGGUGUCGAUCAAAUUAGUGUUCCUCAUACAAAUGUUUGGACACCUGAUGUAGUCUUAUUCAAUAAUGCAGAUGGAAAUUAUGAAGUAUCAUUUAAGUCAAAAGUAGUUCUGAUGCAUACAGGUGAAGUUCAAUGGGUUCCACCAGCAAUUUAUAAAUCAUCAUGUCGUAUUGAUGUAAAAUAUUUUCCAUUUGAUACUCAAGAAUGUGAAAUGCGUUUUGCAUCAUGGACAUAUAAUGCGCGAGAAGUAACAUUUACUCAUUAUAGUGAAGAACGUGAUAAAGGCCAGGAAAUAUCUAAAUUAUUAACACAACAAGCAAUAAGUGUUACAUCGGAUGAAUCAUAUAAAGAUGAUUAUCUUGAAAGUGGUACUUGGGAUGUUUUAAGUAUUCCAAGUAAAUUUGUUCAUUAUCGUACGAAUGAUUCAAGUGUAUCACCUGAUUAUAUUGAAAUUGUAUUUUUAGUUAAAAUGAGUCGUAAAACAUUAUAUUAUACAGUUAAUUUAAUUGUUCCAACAGGUUUAAUGGGUAUUCUUAUAUGUAUUGUUUUUUGUUUACCAACAGCAGCCGGAGAAAAAAUGACGUUAUGUAUGUCAAUUCUCUUAGCCUUAAAUCUUUUUCAACUUCUUGUUACAAAAAUUUUACCACCAACAUCUGCUGUUGUUCCAUUAAUAGCUAAAUAUUUACUUUUUACAUUUACACUUAAUGUUCUUGUUAUUGUAAAUACAGUAAUUAUUACAAAUUUUUAUUAUCGUACACCAAUGACACAUUCGAUCUCUCCUUGGUUAAGACGUGUUUUUAUACAAAUACUUCCACGUUUACUAUGGAUGGAAUCACCAAAAUUAAGACAAAAACGUGAAGAAUUUGAACUUUCAACAGUUAUUAAUAAUACUGAUAAAUCAGUUAUUUUUCAAAAUCCUAUUCAUACAUUAAAUGAAACAAUAAAAAAGAAACAUAAAACAAAAUCAAAAAAAAUAGAUAAGACCCAUCAUGUACGUAAUGAAUCGAAUGCUUCAUUGGUUUCCUAUAUUAAUGAUAAACGUCGAACAUCAACUAUUCUUAUUAAACCAAUUUCACAUUCUAAACAUCAUCAUUCUCAUUAUCAAAAAGAAAAACGAAAAUUUCUUCUAUUCAAAGACGAACAAUGUCUUGUUCCAGUUCCGCCAAAAUCAAAUCCAGCUCGUGAUCAUCAUCGAUUACAACUUCAACAAAUGCGACGAGAAUUAUCUCAAGCUCUUCAAGAUAUUCGUUAUAUAGCUGCACAUUGUGCACAUGAAUCUUUUAUUGAAUCAAUACGUGAUGAAUGGAAAUUUAUUGCAACAGUCAUUGAUCGUCUUCAAUUUGUUAUCUUUUUAUUAGUCACAAUAUUUGGAUCAUUUGCUUUACUUUUUCAAGUAUCUCAUAUGUUUCGGUUUGGUUCAAGUGAUUCACCAAAACUUGUCCGAUUUUCAAAUCCUAAUGCGACUAUUAAAGAACAUAUUCAAGCUCGAACAUAA